AUGGAUGAGAGGCCAAAUAAAGAGACAGGAAAGCUCCGUUCCAACUUCGCCUGUGGGUAUGACAGAGCUGAGGCGCCACCAACGGUACGUUGAGAUAAGGACAGUAUUUCUUAAAGUGAAAUUCAUAGAUAAAAGAUUGUCAGAAAAGUGAAAAUGAGCGCUUCUAUGUUUCAAGCCAAAGAGGAGAAGGACUAACCCACCAGCUAAGGAUGGUGUAGAACACUGGACAACUAUUCGGUCUUUGCCACCUGAGCUGGUGAGAUAACGACAUAACACUGUGUGGAGAGUAUCAUUAAAAUGGUAAAGUGCAAAAUGAGUCUAUUAAACACAUGUGAUCACACACUGGAAGUGUAACUUUCCCAUUUGUUACAUAAACUGUCAAUCUAAGCAGGUUUAGAAUAUAGGUUUGAACAUUGUGACAUGAUGGUCUCUGCUGUAUAUCUACUCAUAAAAUGAUCUAUCUCAAUCUCCAACCAAUCACACUCAAGCUGGAGGAGAUUCUAUCCAGAGUGUCAGUCAGUGAUGUCAUUGCCUUUGGAGCCACCUGCAGCACCUACUACCAGCUGAGCCUAAGCUCCUCCCUCUGGAGACGGCUCUGCCAUCGCCAGGCAACCGGGACGCAGCAGCCUUCCACUGCCCCGCCCAACGACUGGCGAAGGACAGCCAUCUUGAAAUGUAAGAAUAGAUGGAGGGACUGGGUCUGUAGAGCUAAUCAAAUGUAUUUUGCUCUGUUUGAAUAUACACUGAACAAAAAUAUAAAUUCAACAUGCAACAAUUUCAAAGAUUUUACUGAGUUACCGUUCAUAUAAGGAAAUAUAGUUAAUUGAAAUGAAUUCAUUAGGCCCUAAUCUAUGGAUUUCACAUGACUGGGAAUACAGAUACGCAUCUGUUGGUCACAGAUACCUUUAAAAAAUGGUAGGGGCGUGGAUCAGAAAACCAGUCAGUAUCUGGUGUGACCACCAUUUGCCUCAUGCAGCGCGACACAUCUCCUUCACAUAGAGUUAAUCAGGCUGUUGAUUGUGGCCUGUGGAAUGUUGUCCCACUCCUCUUCAAUGGCUAUGCGAAGUUGAUGGAUAUUGGUGGGAACUGGAACACGCUGUCGUACACGUCGAUCCAGAGCAUCCCAAACAUACUCAAUGGGUGACAUGUCUGGUGAGUAUGCAGGCCAUGGAAGAACUGGGACAUUUUCAGCUUCCAGGAAUUGUGUACAGAUCCUUGUGAUAUGUGGCCGUGCAUUAUCAUGCUGAAACAUGAGGUGAUGGCGGUGGAUGAAUGGCACGACAAUGGGCCUCAGGAUCUCGUCACGGUAUCUCUGUGCAUUCAAAUUACCAUUGAUAAAAUGCAAUUGUGUUCAUUGCCCGUAGCUUAUGCCUGCCCAUACCAUAACCCCACCGCCACCAUGGGGCACUCUGUUCGCAACGUUGACCUCAGCAAACGCCAUACAUGUGGUCUGCGGUUGUGAGGCCGGUUGGACGUACUGCCAAAUUCUCUAAAACGACGUUGGAGGCGGCUUAUGGUAGAGAAAUUAACAUUACAUUCUCUGGCAACAGCUCUGGUGGACAUUCCUGCAGUCAGCAUGCCAAUUGCACACUCCCUCAAAACUUGAGACACCUGUGGCAUUGUGUUGUGUGACAUAACUGCACAUUUUAGAGUGGCCUUUUAUUGUCCCCAGCACAAGGUGGAUCUGUGUAAUGAUUAUACUGUUUAAUCAGCUUAUUGAUAUGCCACACCUGUCAGGUGGAUGGAUUAUCUUGGCAAAGGAGAAAUGCUCACUAACAGGGAUGGAAACAUUUCUGGGAUCUUUUAUUUCAGCUCAUGAAACAUGGGACCAACACUUUACAUGUUGCGUUUAUAUUUUUGUUCAGUAUUCAUCAUCCUUUGACCACUAUGAAUGAUACCAUCACAUAUGAAAACACUGUCUCCUGAGAAAAACAGAAAAUGAAACAAGAUCAAAUCAACAAAAUAUAACAAUGAUCUAUUGAAUCAGUUCCACUCAAGACAUUCCGUAACCCUCUUUCUCCUCCCCGCAGACUCCCAGGGCCUCCAGAUGCAGCGUUUGGGCGGUGGGGGGUCCCGGACCCCCCAGUGGUGCAGGUCCGGGGGUCCCUCUGUGUCCCUGGCCGUGGUUCCUCCCCUGGCACUGGGCUACAGAAGGUCCCUGCCCACCCGGGACCACCUCCUGCUGUUUGACUACCAGGGCACCAUCUUCCUGCUGCGCAACGCCGUGACGUCAUCGCUCCGCGGUCACAUGACCUGGAGGAGGGCCGCACGCCACGCUAUGCUGUGUCAGAAUGCCAAAGAUGUGAGUCGGGGGUAAAAGUAAAAGGGAGGUAUCCUCAAGCUAUUUAGCUAGCCAGUAUUGCUAGUAUUGAAAUAGUAUGACUAGCUUUUAAGAGAGACUAGGAAAGAAGUUGGAGUGUGACAGGUAGGGUGGGACAACCAAAAAAUAGAACCUAAACUUUAGCUUGAACACUUUAUAACCCCCUCCUCCCCACACACACACACACACACACACACACACACACACACACACACACACACACUCUCUGUUCCUCUCUCUCCUCCCCCAUAGUUUGCCGUGGACCCCCGUAGCGACAACUCCUUCCGUCAGUACAUAUACGUCCUGGUGAGCCGUACCAACGGUGAUGCAGAGGACACACCCCCCAGCUGGCCCGGCCCCCCCGGCUCGGCCCCCCCUCCUUCCCCUCCGCGGUGUGACUGUGUGGAGGUGUACCAGCAGGACACCAGCCAGAGGGUGUUCCGGAUGACCUUUCACCCCUCCCUGACUUUCAUACAGCUCCGCCUCACCGGCUCUGAGGUCAACAGGGUCCUGCUACUGGUCACUGGUCAGUGUCUCUGAACAUCAGACGGUCUGAUUGGUUGAUUUUCAUUUCAAAUGGAUUUUCAAUUUAAAGUUUGAUGUGGGGAGUUUUACAACUGAAUGCCACACCGUGAAUUAAACGUAAUUAAUUAAAUUUGAUUUAAAUAUAUAUAUAUAUAUAUAUAUAUAUAUAUUAAUUAUAUAUACACUGUAUAUAGUUUACAAGGUCCCUGACAAAUAAAUGAAGUAAGUAAGUAAGUAAAAAACCGACUCAUUUCUCCUCGUCUCUGAAUUGUAUCUCUCUCUCUCACCCUCAGAUACUGGGAAGGUUUAUGCGCUGUCUGUGAAUGAGACCCAGAUGAACACGCCUCGUUCCUACACCGUGCAUCUGGCUCUGAAGAAGAUCAGCAUCUCUCUGCCUCACCUGCCCGUCGCUCAGGUCCACACCAGCUACAGUAGCGUCCUCUGCCUCACAGGUGAAUAUCACAGCGCAGUUAGCAUUGUUUCGGGAGUGACUCCAUUGGAAAGAAGCCUUGGUUCAGUAAAUGAAAGUUUUACAUCCAAGCUAGUAUAAACAUUUGUCAUAACCCUCUCUCGCUCUCAGGUGAGGGUUCAGUCUAUCUGGAGGUUCACUCCGCUGGUGUGUAUCGUCAGUUCUUUGGGACCCAGCAGGGUUACAACCCCCAUGACAUCCACACCCCUCUGCCGCUCUCCCUGCCCUAUAAGGUACUGAUACACAUUGCCCCAAACACACUUUUGUUUCACAGCAACAGUUAACACUUCUCCAGGUACACUCUUAGAAAAAAAAAAGGGUUCUAAAGGGAUUCUACAGCUGUCCCCGUAGGAGAACCCUUUGUGGUUCCAGGUAGAAGUAUUUUGGGUUCCAUGUAGAACCCUCUGUGGAAAGGGUUUUACAUGGAACCAAAAAGGGUUCUUUAAAGGGUUCUCCUUUUGGGACAGACGAAUAACCUCUAUUAGGUUCUAGAUAGCACCUUUUUUUCUAAGAGUAUUGUAUAUAUAGUCUAUUAGGAUAUAUAUCAGUGGUUUCAGUAGUGGAGGGGAUAUCUUAUUUUUUUUUCAGUCAGUUAUACACUCCAAACAGUCUACCUGACCAUUAGUAUAUAUGGUCAUUAGUAUCUAUGGUCAUUAGUAUAUAUUGUCAUUAGUAUAUAUAUGGUCAUUAGUAUAUAUGGUCCAUUAGUAUAUAUGGUCAUUAGUAUAUAUGGUCCAUUAGUAUAUAUGGUCAUUAGUAUAUAUGGUCAUUAGUAUAUAUGGUCAUUAGUAUAUAUGGUCAUUAGUAUAUAUUGUCAUUAGUAUAUAUAUGGUCAUUAGUAUAUAUGGUCAUUAGUAUAUAUGGUCAUUAGUAUAUAUGGUCAUUAGUAUAUAUGGUCAUUAGUAUAUAUGGUCCAUUAGUAUAUAUGGUCAUUAGUAUAUAUGGUCAUUACUAUAUAUGGUCAUUAGUAUAUAUGGCCCAUUAUUAUAUAUGGUCCAUGCAUGCAGGAUUCAAACCUACAACUGAGUUACCUUUGACCUCUGCUAGGUGGUGAAGUGCUCUCUGGGACUGAGCCACCUGUGCCUGCUGGACGACUGUGGCCGCGUCUUCAUGCAGGGCAGCAACCGCUACGGACAGCUUGGCACAGGAGAUAAGAUCGACCGCGGCGAACCCACCGAGGUGUGUCUGUGCUUCCUCUCUUGUAUGCCUUUACUGUCCAGUUUCCAGUUGAAACUACAUUUCUAACACAACAAUAUCAAAAUCCAUCAGGUAACAAUUCCCCUCUCCUCUGUUUUAGGUGGUGCUGUCCAUGACUCCAGUGGAGGUGUGGUGUGGACUGAACCACUCGCUUGCCCUGCUGCAGGGGGAGUCUGGAGUGAAGGAAGUACAGGGCUGUGGCUGUGGAGGAGGACGUCGACUGCCCGGCUGCUCCAAGGGAAGCGCUGUGUUUGUCAAGCUGAGCAUCAGGGUAAGGCUGCACCCUUUGUAAUCUCCCUCUGGGCGUUUGAUUGGUUAAUCAUCUAGCUGUGUGAUUGAUGAAUUAUCUCGCUGUUUGAUUGGUUAAUUAUCUAGCUAGCUAUAGACCUAUGUUUGGGAUUGACCAUCAGGCAUUGCGACAGGAGGAGUGAGACGGACGCUGCCCUCAGAGGCAGAGUAGCCCACGUUUUGCGAGCAUGGAGAGGCCAGAGAUAGCCAGACAUGGUAAAUCGGGCUAAGGAACAGCAGUUGGGUAUUGGAGAAAAGGCCAUCAGUGUGUGUUCUGCAAACGAUACAGCGGAUGAAGGCUCGGCAUGAGCAUGGUGAAUGGAGAGAUGUGGUUAUGGACAGCGAGGAAGAAGGAGAAGAGCCGAGUGCAGAGGGAAGAUGUGUGUUGAGGAAGAAUGGCGCCAAGCACUACAAACCGUACUCUGCUGUCUCAGAAAUUGAACCUGACAAGAGGAUGAAUUACUGUACCUGCGGUGGCAGGUGUGGUGAAGACCUCAGAGUCCAAGCCUCGGCCCCGAUGGUCAUGCAAAGGAUGAUUCUGGCCCAGUGGGAGUGAAACUUUUGGAGGAAGUGGAUCCCUGCCUUUUGGCUGAUCCAUAUGUAGUCUCAGGCUGGGUAGGAAAGACGUAGAGUACUGUUAAAUGGGUGAAGGUAACUGGAAGUGGACUAGUGAUCAUUUUCUGUGUUUCUUCCGCCCCAGAGGGAGUGGACGCUUCACGUCACAGGCCUCGGGACAAAGCCUGUGACUUCUCCGGAGCAGGGCGCCUUUGAAAGGAGUGAUUACUGGGGUGGCGUUAAGUGUUGAGGUGGAGCUACUGAAGUUGAAGAUUCCCUGUGUCUGUGACGCCCGCCAUUUGGUGUGACACAGACUCGGUGGCGAGCGUAGUGAAACUGAGAAGACAUUGUCUGUCCUUCUGAGUUUUGAAGCAGAGUCUCUACUUGACAAAGUCAUGAUAGGAUAUGUAAAUUAUCCCGUGAGAGCUUUUGUGCCGAACCCACUAAGGUGUUUCAGAUGCCAAGCAUAUGGUCAUGUUGCAGCAUUGUGUAGGAGGGAGAUUCCGAGAUGUGAGAAGUUUGCAGGAGGGCAUGGGACAAAGGAAUGUGUAGUAUCGGAGGAAAAAACUGUGGUGUGUCAAAUUGUGGGGGUGCCCAUGUUGCUGGGGAUCAGAAGUGACCGGUGCGAGAGAGACAGGUUGAGGAUGCCAGGGUCAGAGUAGAACAGAAGGUGUCAUAUGCUGAGGCAGUGAAGAGAGAAGAGGAUGAUGGGUUACUUCCAAUUAGUGCUUCAGUAAGGUUGGCGCUCUUAGCAUUUAUUGCCAUGGUUACCAACUGUACCGCAGAAAUGGAACGUAAAUCACAGAGAAUAGAUGUUGUGGUGGCAGCUGCAGAGAAGUACUUGGGUGUACGAGGUUUCACUGCAGAAGAGUUACAAGGUGUGUUGAACAAAAGAGUCCUGUCCUCCCAGGCUGUUGGACUGGUCUAGGGUCAGUUAGGGUCAAAGUAGUGGAAUGGGGUGUUUAAUUUUUAUGUAAUAGUGGAGGGUUCGUUUUUUUAUGACAAAAAAUUGAACGUGAUCGACGAUACACUCCUGCACAGUAGGUGGCGGCAUGCACAAACUAAAUGUGUGAACGCCAUAAUACCAAAGAAGAAGACCUAUUCUUAGUACUCUCAUCUUUAAUCUCUCUCUCUCUCUCUCUCUCUCUCUCUCUCUCUCUCUCUCUCUCUCUCUCUCUCUCUCUCUCUCUCUCCCUCCCUCCCCCAAGGUGCCCCGUGCCGCCCGCUCUCUCUGCGCCUCCAAGGACUGCCUCUUCCUGCUCUGUUGCCAUGACAUUGCCGAGACCCCCCUAUUCCGCUGCCCCCCACCUGUAAAGGAAGAGGCUGAGGAGGAGCGUGCGGUGGAGAGAGAUGAGAGGGAGAGGCUGAUCUGGCAACUAGCCCAGCUGAGGGAGUGUGAGAGUCUGGGGCAAAAGGUGGACAUUCUCCGCUGGGCCGUGCAGAGGCACAUGACCAUUAACCCCGCCCACAGGGAGUUUCUGGUCCAAGCGCUGAUCGCCAUCCGGCCCGUGUCUGACGAGCCCAGCGGCCAGUCAUAA